AAUAAGCGUUUUCACAUUUCAAAGAGGAGGGGGAGACCGUUGCUGCUGCUGCUGCUGCUCUGUUUGGACUGAGCUACAGUAAGAGGAGAAUAAAGAAAAAUAUUUCCUUUUGCACGAUAAAACUCAUGCAACCGCUGGCAUGUUAAGAGUUUUAGUCUGCCAAGCGCUUUUCAGCGUCUCUAAACCUCUCCUGAGAAUGACCAUCCACAACGGGUCUGUGACAUGUGCCAGAGACUGCUCUCAGGCAGGAAAUAAGAGAAACGCGCUGAGAUGGGACCUGACCCCAGACGAUAUCAGCACCAUGACAGACAGCCUGAUUAACAGAGUAAAGGCGGUCUACGAUGACGUUGGAUCUCUAAAGAUAGAAAACAUGUCUGUUGAAAACACCCUGAAAGCCUUGGCUUAUGCCAAACUGGAUUAUGCAUCAUCACUCCACGUUCUUGAUUUCCCCCAGUAUGUAUGUCCCUCUAAAGAAGUUCGGACAGCGAGCACCGAGGCGGACAAGAAACUGUCUGAGUUUGAUGUGGAGAUGAGUAUGAGGGAAGAUGUGUUCAAGCGAAUUACAGCCUUGCAGAAAAAGCAUCAAGACAAUCUUUUACCCGAAGAAAAGAGGUUUUUAGACAGACUUGUUACAUUAGGCAAGCGGAAAGGAUUGCACCUGUCUAAAGAUAUACAAGAGGACAUAAAAAGAACCUCCAAGCGUAUAAGUGCACUCUCCAUAGAGUUUAACAAGAAUCUGAAUGAGGACAAUACGUUUCUUGUUUUUUCUGAGCGCGAAUUGGGUGGGCUAGCUGAUAGCUAUCUCAAUGGACUGGACAUGACCGAAGAUGGGCGGUAUAAGGUGACACUUGAAUAUCCCCAUUACUACCCCCUGAUGAAGAGGUGUUACAAUCCUGAGACCAGGAGGAAGAUGGAAACGGCUUUUCACAGCAGGUGUAAAGAGGUCAACACAGCGAUCCUCGAAGAAUUGAUACAACUCAAAGCAUAUGUCGCGGACUUACUUGGUUAUAGUUGCCAUGCAAACUAUGUGCUGGAGAUUAACAUGGCCAAGAAUGCAAGCAAUGUAUCUGACUUUCUUGACACAUUCUAUGAAACACUUAAGCCCAUUGGAAUGAAGGAGAGGAAAUAUAUUCUUGCACUAAAGAAGCGCGAGUGCUUGAUGAAGGGCUACCAGUUUGAUGGACAGAUCAAUGCCUGGGACUUGCCCUACUACAUGAAUCAAGUGGAGCAGUGCAAGUUUGCCGUGAACAAGGAUAAACUGAUUGAGUAUUUCCCACUUGACGUGGUGACAGAAGGACUGUUUGGAAUCUACCAGGAGCUGCUGGGUCUCACUUUCAACGAGGUGGAGCAUGCUCAUGUGUGGCAUGAAAAUGUCAAGCUUUAUUCAGCCUUGGACACUGAAACAGGAGAGGAGAUUGGCCAGUUUUACCUGGACUUGCAUCCAAGGGAAGGAAAGUAUGGCCAUGCAGCCUGCUUUGGGCUCCAGCCUGGCUGCAGAGGACCUGAUGGAAAACGCAGACUUCCAGUGGCGGCUAUGGUGGCUAACUUUACCAAGUCCAGAAAAGGUUGUCCCUCUCUUCUCCAGCACCAUGAAGUGGAGACUUAUUUUCACGAGUUUGGUCACGUUAUGCACGAGCUCUGUUCUAAGACCACUUUCUCAGAAUUCAGUGGAACCCUGGUGGAGACAGACUUUGUGGAGGUGCCUUCGCAGAUGCUUGAGAACUGGGUUUGGGAGAAAGAGCCUCUGAGGAGAAUGUCUCGCCACUACAAGGAUGGCACCCCAACCCCACAAAACCCCCCCCCCAAACAUUUUUCUCCCCCCCCCCCCCCCACCCCUCCUCAAAAUUUUUUUAAAAAAAAAAAAAAUAUCCACAGCAGCCCUCAUGCAGAUACAGCUGAGGUGUUUGCAAAGCACUGUAAGGAAAUCCUGGGCGUUCCUGCUACGCCAGGUACCAAUAUGACAGCCAGUUUCAGCCACUUGGUUGGAGGAUAUGAUGGCCAGUACUACAGCUAUCUGUGGAGUGAAGUCUACUCCAUGGACAUUUAUUUCAAUCGUUUUAAAAAGGAAGGCAUUAUGAAUCCAAAGGUUGGACAAGAGUACAGAAGGGUGAUUCUGGAAACUGGUGGCUCUGUGGAUGGCAUGGACAUGCUGAAAACCUUCCUUGGCCGUGGCCCAUGCCAGGAUGCCUUCUUUCAGUGCAAAGGACUGAUUAAGUCACAGGAAACACAGACGUUGUAAUUUGAUAUAUUCUUUAAGAGUCUUUUUGUCAAAGCAAUGUAUAUUUUAAUUGUCUAGAUGCAGCAGGGCUAUGUCAGUAGAAACAUGGCUUUGCUUGAAGUGUAUUAAUGCUGCGUUUUUAAGCGUUUCUACUUGAUGAUUUGUAACUGUUGGUAUUUGUUCAAAUGUACAGUAGAUCAUUGAGGGUCUUAUGAUGUUAUGUACAAUUGGCCUUUUUCACAUGUGUUACUAAUACCAUUAACGAUGGCUUUGUUUUAUUCAAGCGUCCCAUUAAGCGAUGGCAAAAGACAAUACUAUGACCCUUAAAACAAAGCAGCUAAAAUGGAAUUCCACCAGCAUUAAUUUAAUUGUUUACGCCUUUGCUUGUCCUACUUUGACAUGUGAAGAUGUCUCAAUUUGUGCACAGCUGCAAGUUAUCAUUGUAAAAAUGCUUAUUUUUUAAAGUGAUAAAGCUUUUGAUUACA